GGACCUCGUUCCAGCCCAGGGCGCUGCUUUGCUCCUUAGGCUGCAGCGAGAGCCCGAGCUGGAGCAAAGGGCUGAACGAGCACUCAGGGAUGGCUGACAGCUCAGCUGUGACUGCAGCAGUGUCAGGGAGAGCAGCACCAGCCAAGCUGGAGGAGCUGCUGGAGAUCACCGCUCAGAGCCUGGUGCGUGCCGAGGUGGCGGAGCACUACGAGGUUAUCCGGGAGCUGGGCAGGGGCAAGUAUGGCCACGUGAUGCUGGUGACCCACAGGCAGAGAGGCACUCCUAUGGCUCUCAAGCUGCUGCCCAAAGCCAGUACCAAGCUGCACACCUUCCUGUAUGAGUAUUGUGUAGCACUGUCCCUCGCCGCCCACCCUGCCAUCAUCGGGAUGUUUGGAAUUGCCAUUGAGUCCAGCCAGUACUAUGGUUUCCUCUACGAGCCGGCGCUGCACAAAGACCUCAUCUCGAUCAUCAAACCCCGCGAUGGGAUCCCCGAGCCGGCCGCCAAGCAGUGCGCCCGGCAGCUGGUGAGCGCGCUGGAGUUCAUCCACAGCCGGGGGCUGGUGUACCGCGACAUCAAGCCCGAGAACGUGCUGCUGUUCGACCCGCACUGCCGCCGCGUCAAGCUCACGGACUUCGGGCUCACGCGGCCCAAGGGCACCAAGCUCAGGCUGGUGGCCGGGGUGAUCCCCUACACCGCCCCCGAGCUGAGCAGCACCGCCGACGCCCAGGGGGUGCCCAUCGACGCCAGCAUGGACGCCUGGGCCUUCGGGGUGCUGCUCUUCUGCCUGCUGACCGGCUACUUCCCCUGGGAGCAGAGCCUGCCGGAGGACCCUUUCUUCGAGGACUUUGUGCAGUGGCAGCAGACAGGCCUGGAGAAGGACGUGCCCCGGCACUGGAAGCGCCUGACGGCCGAGGCCGCGGCCAUGCUGCGGAGCCUGCUGGCUCUCGACCCCGCCGAGCGCGGCCCUGUCGGCGGCGUGCUGCGCUACGUGCACUGCCCGUGGCGGCUGGAGGGCGAGGAGGCUGCCGUGGGCUCCUAGAGCCUGCUCCCCACGGCUGGAGGGUCUCAGCCUGCCGGGGGCUUCAGGGCUGGGUGGCCUGGGCCAUGGUGAGAGGCCAUGGUGACCCAGAGAGCAGCUUCUCUGCAGCGCUGUCCCUGCUGCCACAGAGUCAAGCUCUGAUGGCCCUCACCCCGUGGCUCAGUGCUGCCCAGUGCCACCUCCUCCUGGCCGGAAACAUCUUUCUCUUGGAAAUGACUGUGUGUGAAGCACCCACUUGUUUCCUAGCCACGGGAACUCCAGGGAGUUAUUUAGGCUGUAGCACAUGCCGUGUCUCAAAAUAGAGCAAAAUAUGUACUUUUGUCUUCCUGUAUGUGGCUUUUUUUCUCUCAUAAUAAAUGCCUGCCAGGACCCGCUGUUG